ACAAGACUCCGGAGGAGUGCCUUGGCUCACAGCUGCGCGGGAGCGGGUGGCGGGGCUGGUGACCUGAGCUGUCCUCUCUCUCCGCAACCCCGCCCGCGGUCGCGGCUCCCUCGCAGCCCCGACUCCUCCCCCGUGCGGGGCUCGGCGCGCAGGCUGCGGCGCGCACGGCGGGGACCGGAGCGUCUCCGGCGCGGGGAGCCGGGCUCAGCCCCGGCCUGCGGACGCCGCGGCCCCGGAGCACCAAGCCGGCCUGGGGGGCCCGCGGGGCGCGCGCAGCGCCGAGUGCGCCUGGGGCCGGGCUCCGCUGCCGGGUGCAGGAGCGCGCGCGCGUCGCGGAAUGGAGCCGGCCAGAGAGCCCCCCGCACGCGCUCGCCCGCCGCCCCCGGCCGCUCGCCCCGCGCCCGCUGCGCCCAGGCCACGCUCUCCAGCCGAGGCAGAGGCCCGAGGCCCAGAGGGGCUGCUGAGGCGAUCCGGGUCUGGCUAUGAGGGCAGCACCAGCUGGAAGGCGGCCUUGGAGGCUUCCAAGGGCUGCAUCAAGUGUGAGACGCCUUGCCCAGAGGACUGGCUGCUCUACGGAAGGAAAUGCUACUACUUCUCCGAGGAGCCUAGAGACUGGAAUACAGGACGGCAGUACUGCCAUACCCACGAGGCCGCGCUGGCUGUGAUCCAGAGCCAGAAAGAACUGGAAUUUAUGUUCAAGUUCACACGGAGGGAGCCCUGGAUCGGCCUGCGCAGAGUUGGGGACGACUUCCACUGGGUCAAUGGGGACCCGUUUGACCCAGACACAUUCACCAUCUCGGGUACGGGCGAGUGCGUCUUUGUGGAGCCCACCAGGCUGGUGUCAACAGAGUGUCUGACGACCCGUCCCUGGGUGUGCAGCAAGAUGGCCUACACGUGAUGUGGCUCAGGCUGGAGGUGGCCCCUGUGCCUAGGCCCAAGGGCAAUGUCCGUCCCACAACCUGCUUCUAACAGGAGCCGCCACCCUCUCUAAAUGGAAGUAGUGGGGAGGGUGGCCUCUGCCUGUCCCCUUUCAGGCUCCAGAGCUCUGCAAGGCCUCUGCCUGUCCCCUUUCAGGCUCCAGAGCUCUGCAAGGCCUCUGCCUGUCCCCUUUCAGGCUCCAGAGCUCUGCAAGGCCUCUGCCUGUCCCCUUUCAGGCUCCAGAGCUCUGCAAGGCCUCUGCCUGUCCCCUUUCAGGCUCCAGAGCUCUGCAAGGCCUCUGCCUGUCCCCUUUCAGGCUCCAGAGCUCUGCAAGGCCUUGGUUUCUUUAUCCCCAGGCAGGUCCUGUGGCCUAGCAGUUAUAUCUCAUAUGCUAAGUAGUGUAGACAUCUUGCCCCAUACACACAAGCACACACGUGUACACGCAUGUACACACACAACACACAUGCAGGCUCUUCUUAGCAGGUCACCCUUCCUUGGCUCUGCCUAGAACCUUCCCCACUGCAGCCCUGGUGCUUCUGGGCAGAUGGGGGCUGACAUGGGUUGUCUGACUUUUGGCCCAGCCUCCUGCCCUCCCCAGUGGCUUCUCUGAGAAGCUGGGUGAGGCAGGCAGGAACAGCUUCCCCCAUGCGUUGGAGAGAACAGCCCGGAGCUGGAGGCUGCUCUAUCCCUGCCUUCCCAGGGUCCUCAGGCAGGGCCCCUGCUGUGCUGUGGUGCUGUCCUAUCGGUCACUAAUGGAAUAAAGGCUGCGUCUCU